AUGUGUCUGCUGGGUGAUCGCUAUUGCUUUCACGAAAGUGAAUUAGCCGAGCUUGAAAAAAGAUACAAAGGAUUGGUUUCCCGUCACAUAGGCCUUGUGUACAAGGAAGAAAGUUUGAGAAAGAUAAAGCCUCAACAUGAGUACUACUUUCUUCACAAGACCUUCCAAGAGUACCUUGCGGCCGUCUUUAUUGCUCACAAGUUGCGAGGAAAUGAGUUAAGGUUGUUUGAGCGUCUAAGGUUUCAUGAACUGGUGGAAAAGUAUCGGGAAGUGUUUCUUUUUGUUUCCGGUAUACUUGGCAGAGAUGCAAGCAUUCUAUUCACACAGAUUGGCGAGGAGCUAAAAAAAAAUGGACAAUGGGACUGGGUCACUUGCACACAGUCUGGAGCAGUGACGAUAGAUGACCAAGAGAGUGAAGAUGAGUGUUACGGCAUUGACAGCGAGGACGAGGACAAGGAUGAUGACGAGGACCAAGGCUGGACAGCAGCAACUUUCCUCAUGAAAAGCUUUAGCAAAAGUGGACAUGCUGAAAAAAUGGCAGAAACUCUUUGUUCCUACAUACCGUUCCCUACGCAUGUUGCGAUUGACCUUGGUUACAAUGCUGACAAUAUAUAUCACGUUUUAGAGGCCUGCAAAACCUUUGCAAAUGUACAGAAACCAGUUCAGCUUACUGUUUGUGAGUCAUCUGAAGGCGUUUUAAGCCAUAAGAUUGUUGCAGAGUCUAUACAAUCCUGCUCGCAGCUUCAGACUCUUGCCAUUUCCACCCCAGCAAUGAAACCAGAUCUAGCGAAAGCCCUACACAACGGCUUAUCUGGAAACACGACUUUAUCAGAGUUCUCUCUACAAGUGAAUAACAGUAUCCCUUAUGACGCAGCAGUUGCUAUCGGUGAAUCAUUGGUGGCUUGCAAAGCCUUGAGCAAAGUAACAUUAGAACUUGACAGAGUGUGGGGGGAGAAUUGGGCCAGUGCUAUUGAACCUGCUUUGUCUGCGGACACUCCUUUGAAGUCUGUGGACCUCCAGGUUCGAGGAUCAUUGAGUGAUACUGCGGUCCAUGGCUUAGGAAAGCUCUUAUCAAAUAAAGCUUUGGCCUCAUUUUCCCUUAAUAUCUUUGGAGAUAUGCAAGAAAGGGAAGCUGCAGCUAUUAGCAGAGGAAUUACAGGACAAACUGCAGUCAAGUCAUUAGAUCUUAGUGUUAACGGCAAACUUAGUCUCUCUUGUGCAAAUGUCCUACAAAACAGUCUUCUAGAAAAUCGUUCUUUAAACGAUUUAGUACUGAUUGUCCGUGGAGAGAUUCCUGACAACUGGCAGUCUGUUGUGGAAAAUCUUCGUUCAGUAAAUAAGGGGUCACUUAGCUGUACUUUUCAUCCAGAUCCAGGCAGCAGUGUUACAUGUGAUCAAGUGGCUCAUUUUUGUCCUGCUGUGGUAGAAAAAGGGUGGGAAACAAAACAACACUUAACUGUGGUCAUUUGGGGAGAGCUGAAAUGUGAUGGAGCAGAAGCUUUAUGUGAGGUCUUGGUGCGUGCCCCCCUGACAAGCCUGAGAUUGAAAUUGUAUGGAAAAUUAAGUGAUGGUGUUGCUACCAUUAUUGAAAGAUAUGUCAGAGGACAAAAUACAUUACACUCCCUAACAAUCGAGAUUUGGGACGAUUUGACCUCAGGGACAGAAACUGUACUUCAGGAACUAUCACGAAACAAUGAAACUGUUCAAUUGAAAUUGCAUGGCGUCAGUGUUGUUCCUAAGGAAGCGAGCAAUGCUCUUGAUGUCUGUAUUGACAAUCCUGCAUCACUUACACCAGUGUUCUCUGAAGUUAAGAAUACCAGAAAGAAGAAGAUCAAUCUUAAAAUAAAUAUCGACGAUAAAGUAAUUAGUGACUGGCCACGUCUGCUAGUUGAUGCUUUGGCAGAAAACACAUCACUUACUACGCUCGAUCUUACAGUGUGCAACUACACAAUGAAUCCAGGAAUUCGGAAAUACCUCGGGGAUAGUUUGCUGCGAAGUUCUUCAUUAACAGUCUUAAGUCUUACAAUCAGCAACUACAGUAACAUCUCAGGAGGCUGGGGAUGCACGCUGAUCAACAGCUUGGCUAAAAUGGCGUCAUUAACUACACUUAGUCUCUCAAUUGACGAUCAUGGCGAGGUAAUGAAAUUUAGAGAAGAUUUGAUGGCAGUGAAGUCCUUGUCUACACUUUCCGUCGUAAUCAACGGUAGUAAGUUAACUUUCUUUUGGGGUAAAUUUCUGAGAAAAUGUUUGGAAGAAUGCACUUCACUAACAAAACUCUGCCUUACAAGUAACAACUACGCGGAACGUGGAAAUAUCUCUUUCCAUGCCUUCUCACUCUUCUCUGGCAAUUCAAUACCUGUGAAUUGGGUAGAUGGUCUCAGUUUAGGACUGGCAAGUACCUCAUCUUUAAAGGAACUGGUCAUUACGAUUAACAACAUCACCCUUACUUAUUCUGACUGGAUAGAGAAUUUCAUUGAAGGACUCUCAGUGAACAAUUCAAUAGUGUCCCUCACUGUUACAGUCAGUGAUUACAAAUACUUGAGCUGUGCAUUAUGGGUAAGCCCUCUGAAACGUUGUAUAGCAGAAAUCAAGGCAUUAACUACACUCACGCUGACAGUAAAUGACUACAUUGAAGGUGAAUGGCGUGAUGACUGGCGUGAGGAACUGGAACCAGAUGAUUUUCUAGAAAACACAUCAUUAACUGAUCUCAAUCUGACAGUCAACAUCUGCAGGGAAAUAAGUGAAGACUGGCUACCAAGAUUUUGUGACCAUUUAAUGAUGAAAUGCUCCUCCCUGAAAACAGUGAGAUUGCAAGUCAACAACCGUUGCGCUACAAGUAAGAGUCGUAUAUAUGACUUAAGCAAACUUCGGUUGAAAUACCAAUCAUUAUCCACAUUUGAACUCUCUGUAACUUUCUAUGGAGAGUAA